AUGGCAGAAUUUACCCAAGACCUCGAGGAUUACUACCAGGCCUACUUCCAGCCCGGCCCCAACCAAAUGGCCUUCUCCGACCACCAGGAGCAGUACAUGGGGGUGAACAUGACCCCCGCACCGCAAAAGGAAUUCCAGCAGACGAGUGUUAAAGAAGAGACAAAUGAACAAGCAAUCGGUGAGAGGUCUGUAGAAGGUUCUGUGUCCAAAAAGAUGUUAAAGCGCCAAAAGCUGCCAGAGAUCGCAUCACCCUCUUCCUUGGAACAAUUGACCAUAUCUCAGCGUAGGAGGAGGACCGUGUUCAGCAAGUACCAGCUGGAUGUCUUAGAGGAUUUUUUCCAAACCAACAUGUACCCAGAUAUCCAUCAUCGAGAGGAACUGGCCAAACGCAUCUAUAUUCCUGAGUCCAGGAUCCAGGUUUGGUUCCAAAACAGAAGAGGAAAAUCCAGACGUGAAAAGAGCAAAUCAAACCUUUUCAACAAUGUGGGCGUAUGUUACUCCAAUAUCCGUCCCCCGGUCAACCACAAUCAUUCUGGGCCAACAACAACUAAGUCGGAACAGCACCAGCCUAUGAUGCCCUGGCAACAAGGUCAACCCACCAUGAGUUUACAGCAAGACCUGUUCCGCCAGCCUCCCAACUCCAUGUCAUACCCUACAUAUUCUUGUGCCGUGCCUCAAGAGCGGAUGAUGAACCAAAUGUCAUCCAACUCCUACAACCAAAGGCCACAUGCAAACAACCAACAGCACUUGUAUAGGAACGUGAACGCCGAGGUGAUGGACCUGAGCUGCAGACCCAACCAGAUGCCUACUACCCAAGUCAACUUCAUGGGGGCCUUUAACAUCAUCCCACCCAACAAGACCAUCACACCAGAUAUGAACAUAAAAAUCCCACCAAUCCCAAUGUCUAAAAAUUCCAGGUAUCCCAAUGGAAUUAACCCAUUCACCAAUCAACUUCCAUGUAAGAGGUCCAGCAGGAAGGAUGACUUCUAUGAGCAAAGUUCUCUUGAUUCCGAUUCUGGCGUUAGUGAGAAAUCUCCGGAAUCGGGGUCUGAUUCUAAGGAAAGUAUCUCCUCCAUCAUCUGUAGCCUGUAA